AUGCCAAGGGAAGACGGUACUACACGUAGUUCAGAUCUAGAACAGGGCUCUGAUCCGAGCAAGACCAUCAAUGAAAGAGCCUUUGUUGAGACUACCCAAUGGGAUGAAGACGACCCGGCACAUCCAUUCAAGAGAAGUUUAGCGGCGAGAUGGUUGACCGUUGUUAUUGUAUCUCUUUGCUCACUUUGUGUCGCUUGCACAUCUUCCAUAUAUACUACGACCUACGACCAAAUUUUGGAUGAAUUUCACUGUUCACAAGAGGUUGCGACGCUGGGACUAUCACUCUUCGUCUUCGGCAUGGGAUUUGGGCCCUUGAUACUAGGUCCCCUAUCCGAGGUAAGGUCGUGUUUCUUGUACGGACGGAGAAUCAUUUUUCUAAGCUCCUUCACAUUCUUCCUUAUUUGGCUGAUACCAUGUGCUGUCGCGAAGAACAUACAAACACUACUCAUUUCUCGGUUCUUCAAUGGCUUCGCUGGAAGUGCCUUCCUCAGCGUUGCUGGAGGUGCAGUUGGAGAUAUGUUUCCUCGGCAUCAACUGGCUGCUCCUAUGAUGAUCUAUACUGCAAGUCCUUUUGUUGGACCCGAACUUGGACCUCUUUUGGGUGGCUUUAUAAAUCAGUAUAUAAAUUGGCGCUGGACAUUCUAUACCUUACUAUUAUGGGCCGCCACGAUGCUAGUCUCGAUUUACUUAUUCGUGCCCGAAACCCAUCAUCCAGCAAUUCUAACGCAAAAGGCACGAGAGAUCAGAAAAGAAACUGGAAAUUCAUGGCCGUUAGGACCAAGCGAGAACAACAACAUCCCUCUGAGUGAACUUCUCCUCCGUUCUAUCGUCCGACCUAUUAUGCUUCUGACGCUGGAGCCCAUGUGCCUGAAUCUUUGUGUAUACUCUGCACUUCUGCUGGGCAUACUUUAUCUAUUCUUCGGCGCAUUUCAGAUUGUCUUUGAGUCUGUAUAUGGGUUCGAGCUAUGGCAGCGAGGACUCACUUUCCUGGGUCUCCUGGUCGGAAUGGUGUUAGCCAUUCUCUCCGACCCCUUUUGGCGUCGAAACUACCAGCGUCUAGAGAAAGAUCAUCAAAAUCCGGAAGCAUCUGGAUUCGAUCCAGAAUGGAGACUUCCUCCAGCUAUAGCAGGGGCACCAUUAGUGACAAUCGGGCUUUUUAUAUUCUCAUGGACAACUUACCCAAGUAUUCACUGGAUAGUGCCAAUGAUCGGAAGCGCGCUUUUCGGAGCUGGGACAAUCCUCGUUUACUCUGGCAUUUUCACCUUCCUGGUCGAAGCCUACCCACGUUACGCCGCCAGCGCUUUAGCGGCAAAUAGUUUUACUAGAUCGACCUUCGCAGGAGCUUUUCCAUUGUUUGGGACUCAAAUGUACAACACAUUAGGGCUAAAUUGGGCUUCGUGUCUACUCGCGUUUCUUACUUUGGCAAUGGUGCCGUUUCCGUACGUUUUCUAUAAGUACGGGGCUCGGAUUCGGAAGAAGAGCCGGUUUAGUUCCUGA